AUGAGUGAAGAAUGGAAAGAAUUAAUACUGAACCAUGUCAACAAUACAAAUAAUUCCAAUCAAAUAAUUCCGGAAAUAAAUAAUGAGGAUUUAUUUAAAAACUUUAUGAAGGAGAUCAAAUUAGAGCCGGUAGACGAUGAUAGCUCAUCAAAAUUAUCCGAGUAUUCGGAAGUGAUGAAAAUCCCAAAAGAUAUCAAAACGGAAUUGGAGACCAAGGAGUACCCGGUGUUUGAUAUGCUAAAUGAAGGAAUUCUCAAUGAGAAUACGAUAACUCAAGAGAAGUUGAACAAUCUUCUCAACUUUAUGAAUAGUUUUACGGCAAUGUCCCCGUCGGAUAACAAUUCGAAUGAGACGGUGAAUAAUGAGAUGGAUAUGACGGAUGCGGAUGAUGAGUGGCAGGCGGAGUUUAAAAAGUUGGAUAGGGAGACGCAUUGUAAAUUGGAUAAGAAGGCGGAGGAACGUCACCGCCAAAUGGCAAAAAACCGUGAGUACGCUCGGAAAUGCGUCCAGAAAAAGAAGGACUUAAGGAAGCAAGCCGAGAUGCAGAGUAUGCACAUCCUACGACGAAUUCAACUUCAACAGAAAUUCAAUUCGAUAAAAGAGAGGAAUGGAAACUUUGCAGUCUUUCUAAGGAUAAUGGAGGGCGAUACGGAAGCGGUGGAGCAGAAAAAAAUGUACGAAGGGAAGAAGUUAGAGAUGAAUAAGAAGUAUGAUGAGAUGUUUAGUGCCGACGAGGCGGUGAACUUGAAUUUUCACAGACUCGCCAGCUCACGGGAGGAAUUCGAAAAAGCUGCAACUGAUCUUCAGAUGAAAAAUGGUGUGAUUGGGACGCUGGGCUCUCGAAAAAUUCGAGCGAAGCAGCAGAUGGAGUGGAGACAACACUUGUAUAAUAUCUCGGUUCAUGAACAUAAACUUCGUCGAGAAAUCGAGUUAUCGAAACUAGCAGAUGAGUAUGUCCGUUCGACCGUCCCAGCCGCCGCUCCACUGAUUCAAUCGAUGCCGAAACACCUGUUGGAUGAGAUAAUAAAAAAUAAUAGAACCUCUGAAUUGGAGGAAUUUUAUAGAUUCGUAGGCGAUAAUUCUAGCAUUAUAGAUGAUAGUUGUAAUAGUAGUGAGGUGAAGGAAGAAAAAGAAGAAACGGUUGUUAAAUAA